CCGCCCCCUCCGAGGAGUUUCCCAAAACCCAGCGCGGCAGGCCUCAGCCGCGCUAAGAUGGCGACUCCCAUGCAUCGUCUCAUAGCCCGGAGACAAGCUGAAGCAAAUAAACAACAUGUAAGAUGUCAGAAAUGCUUGGAAUUUGGGCAUUGGACUUAUGAAUGCACAGGAAAAAGAAAGUACCUACAUAGGCCUUCAAGAACAGCAGAACUAAAGAAAGCUUUAAAAGAAAAAGAAAACAGAUUAUUAUUACAACAAAGCAUUGGAGAAACUAAUGUAGAAAGAAAGACCAAGAAAAAAAGGUCUAAGAGUGUAACCAGUUCCAGUAGCAAUAGCAGUGACAGUUCAGCCAGUGAUUCUUCAUCAGAGAGUGAAGAGACCUCUACCUCAUCCUCCUCAGAGGACAGUGACUCUGAUGAAAGCUCCUCCAGUUCAUCAUCUUCAGCCUCCUCCACAAGCUCUUCCUCAUCCUCCGAUUCAGACUCAGAUUCCAGCUCUUCCAGUAGCAGCAGCAGCAGCACAAAUAGUAGCUCUGAGGAUGAACCACCAAAGAAGAAGAAAAAGAAAUAGAAUUGUUCCAUCCAUGUUGGACUGAUGUACUAAAAACAUUAAUGCGAUUCUCAGAAGGGAAUUUAGAAUGUGUUAAGACCAAAUAGGUUAACUGAUCAAAAUUUUUAGAGUUCAGAAGUUUCUAAAUGUUUUGCAUUGUAAGAGCAUAAAGAGUAUUAAUAAUGGAUUAUAUAUAUAAAGACUUUUAUUUUAGGGGUGAAUCUUGUUUUUUUUAAUCUUUAAAAUAUAUCUCUAAAAUUAAUCAAAGCUGAAAUCUAGUAAAUCUUUUUGUGAUAAAACCUAUCUUUUCUCCCUGUGAAAUAAAUGCCAUACUUUGUUAUAUGUUAGUGCUAUGUAUCAGACAUGUUUUCAGGAUAAUGCAUCAGAAUAUCUAUCUGGCAGUGAA